UCCGACUUCCCUGCCCUCCCUCCCCUUCAGAGCUGGAAAAGCCCAAACAUCUGACAGGGAGGGAAGAGGCGAAGCACCACCGACUUCCCAAGAUGCUGGCACUAAUAAACCGGCUUUUAGACUGGUUCAAGUCUUUAUUUUGGAAGGAAGAGAUGGAGCUGACCCUGGUCGGCCUCCAGUAUUCGGGAAAAACGACAUUCGUCAACGUAAUUGCCUCUGACGAAACCCUAAUUGGAGUGAUGGUUGAUGAGAUGAAGAGGCUGCUGAGGAAGCUGAUGUCCAAAUUUGUGCAAAUGGAUGUGAUCCGGAAAGCUGAGGAUAUCCUAGAUGUUGAAUACAGGAACAAGGAGAACUGGCAUGACACAGGCAACAUAGCAGUAUCACAUGAUGCCAGACAAUACAUGGCGCAAGUUGAAGACUAUCUCUGAUGCCACCAAAAAGAGGUUCUUUGACAGUGUAGUUAAUUUUUACACAAGUGUUGUGACCAAAAUGAACUUGAAAAAAAAUGGUUGCAUUUUGUCUUAGCGAUUGUCGCGCGAGCGCGCGUCAUCGGGGUUGGCAAACAGAAAUCUCCCUAUUUUCAAUUUCUACAA